AACAGUCAAACUGUGAAGUAAGGACGGGCCGCUGCUGCAGCACGGGGCCAACUGUCGCCGCGGGAAUUGCGCCGUUUCCAGUCGUCGUCGUAUACAUCGUCCGGUUAACAUAUAGCAUUUAACUUAUUGUAAAAUAUAGUUUUAUAUAGAUAAAAACGCGCGCGCGUGACGACGGAGCAGAGAGGACUCGUCGAGGAAGCCACUAUAUACGUUAUAAAAAGAUUGUGCUGCUGCUGCUGCUGCUGCUGCUACUGCUAUCGCUGCUGUGUAGUCAGUGUGUCAUCUCGCAGGGCUGCCUCUCAUCAUCGUUGUGUUGUGUGUGUGUACAUAAUAUAUAAUUCGUGUGCUGCCUGUAGUAUCGUCAUCGUCAACGUCGACGCCGUUUAUUUAGAGUUCGUUGAUGUCGUUGUGCCGCAACAAGGAUUCAUCCGCGAUAAAUAUACCCAUGUAUCAGUCCUCUGAAAGAUCGUCCCUCGUCUAUUUCAGAGACACUUUAACCUAGAUUUUUAAUACAUACGAGCGCGCCUGUUUACCCUCGUCAUGAUACGUUAUUGAGCACGUCAAACUUUUUGGACGCAGACUCUCGCUCGCUACACUUUCAAUAUUCUUCUCUCUCUCUCUCUCUUUUUCGCUCUCGCUCUCGCUUUGUCGCACAUUCUCGCGUAGCAUGUGUGAGUACCAGACGAGAGCCUGUUGAACUAUAGCAAAAUCGUGCUGUUGCUGCUGCUACUGCUACUGCUGUGCCAGUCUGUCGUGCGUGUAUAAUCUUCUCGCGGCCUCUCUGCUCUCGCUCCGAAGUCAGCAUCACGGCGUGCGAGAGGGCCCGACCUGUUCCAGUAUUAGAAAAACAACGUCGUUGGUCGCGCCUGCACCAAAAGUUGAUCCUCUCCUUUAUCGGUACUCCGGCACACACACACACACACCUACCCACUCAACACAGACGCGCGCGCACACACACGCACGCAUCGACCGACCAACAAGCUGGACAGAUAGGCACGAAAAAAUAAACAUUCAUAACAAUAUCCAACUACAGCAAUGGCAACCACGAAUGCGAUGCGGCUGCACGAAGACCAGGAAAACCGCAGGAUCCAGGGUGUCAACAAAGAGAACAACAAGCCUCAUCAACAACAACAGCCCCAGCUGAAGCAACGUGCCGUGCUCGGUGUGCUCUCCAACAACUUCGUGCGGAAUGGCAAGCCUACAGCGGACAAAGAUGAAAAACCAUUUGGAAAAUCAAAAGCACCCAGUGUGUCCGCAUAUUCUGAACCUUUUCAAGUUUACACUGAACCCUAUCAAGCUUAUGUGGAAAAGAAGGAAGAACCAGCAUUUGAAAUAUAUGAUGACACACAGCAAAAUGAAGUCACUGAAAUAAAUACUGAUAAACAAGAUCUUGAAGACGAUGAAGAGCUUGUUGUUCUGAAAGCAACUGAACCAACUGUCAAAGUUCUCCAAAGAGAAGGAUUUGGGUGUUACAAACAAUCUUCCAUACAAGAUGUUGUACAAGAAUUUCGACCCGCUAUUCAAGAAAUUGAAGAAUCGCAAGGAAAUGCAUUUGUACAAAAAGAUACUCCAAUGUCAGUGAGUUCAGAAUGCUCAACAGACAAGAAAGAAAAAUCAAGUAACAGUAACUUUUACGAUGUUGAUGAAUACAGGGCUGAUAUUUAUCAAUAUUUCCGGGAUGUUGAAGUUCUACAUAGGCCAAAACCUGGUUACAUGAAAAAACAACCUGAUAUUAAUCAUUCGAUGCGAACAAUUCUAGUUGAUUGGCUUGUAGAAGUUUCUGAAGAAUAUCGUUUACAUACAGAAACAUUGUACUUGGCUGUCUCCUAUAUAGAUAGAUUCUUAUCAUACAUGAGUGUUGUUAGAGCCAAAUUACAACUUGUUGGCACAGCUGCAUUGUUUAUUGCUGCCAAAUAUGAAGAAAUAUAUCCCCCUGAAGUAACGGAAUUUGUAUACAUCACUGAUGAUACUUACACUAAAAAGCAAGUAUUAAGAAUGGAGCAUUUAAUUUUAAGAGUAUUGUCAUUUGAUUUGACAGUACCUACUCCUCUGGCAUUUUUAAUGGACUAUUGUUUAAGCAAUAAUCUUUCUGAUAAAGUUCAACACCUAGCAAUGUACAUUUGUGAAUUGUCCUUACUGGACGCUGAUCCAUUCCUUCAGUUUGUACCCAGUCAUUUAGCAGCAGCAUCAAUUGCUUUGGCAAGACACACUAUGCGCCAAGAAAUUUGGCCUCAUGAACUUCAGUUAUCAACAGGCUAUGAAUUAGAUGAAUUGAAACGUUGUAUCAGAUUUCUUCAUACUUCAUUCAAAACGGCCCCGCAUCGGCCACAAACAGCCAUUCAAGAAAAAUAUAAACAUGCCAAGUAUGGACACGUAUCUAUGAUAUUGCCGAGAAAUACUGAGCCAUUUGAUUGGGAAGAUUCUGAAAGUGCCUAAGUCUAGUAUGUAAUUAAAAUUGGAAUAGUCUACUUGUAAUUUCAUCGAUCGUAGUGAUGAUAACGAACCUCCACUGAAAAAAGUCAAGAGUUCGUGCCAGAUUUAUUAUAGGAGGGGAUCCAGGGAAGACUGAAAAACUAUUCCUAUUUUACUUGAAACAUGGUGCAGAAUUCUUAGCACAAUUUUAGUAAUCAAAGUCGAUCAUUGCAAAAGAGUAAUAACAUAUUAGAUCGAUUUUUAUUUAUGGAAUUCUCUCUAAAUAAGACUAAGGUGUGAGUGUAGUUGUCAGAACAAAUUUUAAAUCUUAUACAGGGCUUCAUCAUUACAUUAACGAGAGAAGCUCGUUUGUGUAACUCAGAUUGAAAUUUGUUGGAUUUUUUCAUGGUUACGACUUUUUACUACAUAUGGUUAAAGUCGAAUUAUUUUAGGUUGAUAUUAAUACUCAAACAUUCAAAAUUAGUGCCCAGUAAAUUUUUUAGCUUAUUUUGACAAGCAUUAAGAUAGAACAAAAUGUAUGUUUUGUAUUUGUACAUGACAGUCGAGAUUUUUGUGAAGUAUUUUAAAGUUUUUGUGAUAAAAAUAUGUCAGAUAUUAUCCAAAAAACUAAUUUGAAUAUCUAAAAAGUUUUAUCAAUUGACUCAAAAUUUCACUUAAAAUCCAUGGAGAGUUUCACAUUCUCUAAAUUUUAUAUGUAUUUUCAAACUCAAAUUUUGUAGAUUUUCAGUAUGCCGAAUGUAACUGAAAUUUAAUGUACUUCCAGUCAAAUCGAAUCGUUUUAUUGAUUAAUAAGAUGCAUUUCAACUGCAUAAUUUGAUAUGAAAAUUAUACAAUUAGUAAUUUUGUAUGUAGAUUAUCUUGUAAAACGUAGAAAAAUUUUACUCUUGAAGCCUGCAGUUAAAACUGAGAUUUUUAUUAGUAAUGAACUGCUUGCAUUGAGUUAUGUUGCAAUCACAAGAAAUUUGUAACGAUUAUUUUUAGGACACUUGAACAUUUUACUUUUGUGAAAUUUGAAUACUUAAAUUAUUUAUAAGAUACCCUUGAUUAUUAUAUGCCAUUUCUUUCUUUUGUUGAUACUUUUUGUAAUAUUUUAUAUGAAAUGCCAUCUUAAUGAAUUUAAACAUAUGGAUAUGAUAUGAAUAAACAUAUCUUUAAACUUUAUGUUCAUUAAGGAACUUACUGUUUACAGUCAUAUUGCUAUAGCCAUCAGUAGAUAGUAUGUGAUUCAUUUUUAUUUUUAUACAUACAAAUCUUAAUCUUACUAUCUCGCGUAUUAAUAUUUUUUAUUAUUAAAUAGGUCUUUUAUAGUCCUGUAAACUUGUAAGUUUUGAGACGUGCCUGAAAAAUUGUAUAAAUGAACGGUAUCUGUUGAGUCUAACUGAAAUCGCAUGAAUGUUUUUUUACUAUGUAAGUAUAAAUUUGAAUCUUAAAAUCAAUAAAAAAUUUACGAACGACAGACUUCCCUUCGUUUAUUAGUUGAUUAAAUAAGGAUUUGUAAUCUAUUAUAGAAGGGAAUCACGUUUUAAAAUAAAGUUAAUGUAAGUGACGUUUGUUUGAAAAAUUGAGAAAAAAUUGUGUAUACCAAAGUCUGUCCCGACGAAAUAUAAUGAACUAUUUCAUUGGAAUUUGGAAA